CGAGAGGAGAUCCUCUGCCAAUUUGCUGCGAAGGAUCCGGUGACGUUCGCGAUCUACGUCUUGACCGGCCGGCUAUUCGACGUGAACACCUUCACAGCGAAGUACGGGAAAGAGAAAGCGAAGAGCCAGAAGAUAAAGCUGGAGACGCAGCGAGACUUCCGGCUAGGAGUCACAG